UGUCCAAAUAUUUUGGCAAUAUAUUGGAAAAAGUAGUAGGUAAAACUGGCCAUACUGUCAAAAAUUCGUAUGAAUUUAUAGAAUUUCUAAAAAGCCAAAUUCUUCCUGAUGACUUCGUUUUAGCAUCGUUUGAUGUCGAAUCAAUGUACACAAAUAUUCCCAUAAAGUUAGCUUUGAACGUUAUCACGGAAAAAUGGCCACUAAUUGUCCCACAUACAACCUUACCCAAAGAGCAAUUCCUAGAGGGUAUUAGGGCAUGUUUAGACUCAACAAUUUUUAAGUUUGGAGAAGAUUGCUACAAACGGAUUGACGGACUAGCGAUGGGUGGACCGGUGAGUGCCAGUGUUGCCAACUUGGUUAUGGAAUAUUUUGAAGAAAAAAUGUUUGAAGUUUUUCCGUAUAAAACGUUAUUUUAUAAGCGCUUUGCGGAUGACAUAAUUCUAUGUUGUCAUAAGGACGAUCUCAAUAGUAUUUACCAAUUCUUCAACAUGUUUUCGAGUAACAUUAAAUUCUCAAUUGAAUAUGAAGCCAAUAAUGCAAUAGCUUUCCUGGAUGUUCUUGUUAUAAAACAAGGGAGUAAAUUUGUUACAUCGUGGUUUACAAAACCUACUUUCUCGGGCAGAUAUCUGAAUUUUUUGUCUGCACAACCUCUCUCUCAAAAAAUCAAUGUAAUUAAGAAUUUGGCAAGACGCGUAUGCCUACUUACUCAUCCCAUGCUCCGCAAGGAAAAAAUAAGGGAAGCUAAAAAAUUGUUAUUUGAAAAUUGUUAUCCCAAGCACCGUGUCAACUCUAUAUUUGAGAAUGUAGUGAAAUUUUGUUAUGAUGGCUUUCCCCCUCCAAAAUUGUUCGAAAAAACCGAAUUUGUUGUACGUCCGUACGUUUCCUCCUGCUCAGAAAAGAUUAGAUCCGUGUUAAAGCCGCAUGGCUACACUUUAGUCACUUCUAAUAAAUCAAAUUUACAAAAUUUCCAGUCUUGUUCGAAGUCAAAAAUCCCAACUGAAAAGCUGUCAGGAGUAGUGUAUGAGAUACCGUGUGGAGAUUGUCAAGGCAUCUAUAUAGGGCAGUCAUCCCAAUAUCUGCAUAAAAGGCUGGAUGGGCAUAAGUUUAAUCAACAUGA